AUGUCGGCCGCCAACGCCAACAACAACGCCAGACCCCGCCCGCCUUCAAGGAGUUCGGCGCCGCGCGACGAGGCUCAAGUCGCCAAGAUCCCGCACAUCCUCCCCCACGAGCGCGUCUUCCCCAUCCAAAUAGGCAACGAACUGUUCAAGCUCUCUGGCGCCUCCAUUUCGUCCGAUGCGCCCUCCUACUUCUCCCAAUACUUCUACUGCCAGAUCAAGAAGGCACAGGAAACGGGCGAGGAUCUGUCCAGUGCCAUCCGCACUCUCUACAUCGACCGCGACCCUCAGACCUUUGCCGACAUCUCCCUUCACCUUCAAGGGUAUCAUGUCAAGCCUCGAGACGGCACGCAUUUUGUGCGCCUCUUUGCAGAUGCCCAGUUCUACAGCCUACCCAAGUUGAUAUCCCAGCUCUACGAAGAGUCCAUCUUUAUAUCCAUUGGCCACCGCGAGUUCCAAAUACCCCGUGACAUCUUCACCGACCCGGGCAACUCUCCCAACUUCUUCUCCCUCGGUUUCGCCGUCUUCUUUUCGAAUCCCGAGGACCUGUUUCCCGGCCUCGAACGCGAAGGUCUCCUGCGUCCGCCGUCCAUCCUACCGCCGUCCGUGCCGAACCGCUCCGCCGAAACAUUCUCCGAGAUCCUGCACCUCUUGCGUGGGUACCCCGUCACCAUCCGCGAUGAGACCCACCGCGCCGAGCUGCUGCGUGACUGCCGAUACUUCAACUUCAAGGGCUUGGAGCAGAGGCUUAUACCCCAUCACAUCAGCUACAACCAGAGUCGGCGCCGCGAGGAGAUCGUCUUGCGCUUGGAGGACAUCCUCAAGAGCGGCAUCAGCGUGGCAGCCGAUGUUUCUGCCUCCCCGGGUGAACAUCUGUCAGGCUGGGUCAAUUAUGCGCGCCCCUACGUCGACGAUCGUGCGGCGGAGCUAGUCCUCGAGACGGGCAGUGAGAGCACCCGCCUGCACUUCCAGUCUGGCUCGGUCCGCGCCGAGUUCUUCAGGGACACCCGUGCCCGGAUUGCACGCCUGUUCGAAGUCGUGGCCACGAAGCUGAACCUCCCACCAACUACCCAGCCCCUAGGCCUCCUGAUGGCCUCGGGCGGAGCAGGCAGCCAGCCCCCGACCCCGGGACAUACGCCCUUGAGCGAGGACCUUGUUCGCGUGCUCAUCGACACCGAUACUUCCAUCAUGCUGGACGGCAAGUCAUACGCCCUCGAAAAUGACGACCUGCACCUCGCGAACCCCAUGUCCGCGGCUUCGAGCACUGGCCAAGCCGACGGGGUUGAAUCCCCAACAGCGUCCGCAUCCCAGCCGAACUCGCGCAAGCGCAGGCGGGUCGACUCGCAUGGCUACGCGGCCGCCGGCCAAACAGCGCUGACGGCUGAAGAGUGGGUUGUGCGUUCGGGCCAAUGGAGGCUUAAGAUCCAGGGGUCACGGGGCGGCAAGAGCUCCGUCGAGGUCGUGCUCGUUGCCGUAAAGCUUGACGCGUACAGCUCGGAGAACGCGAGGAACACCUCUAGGGGCUUCUUGAACGGAUGA